AUCACUUUCUUUUAUUUUCUACUAUUUUAAACAUACUCGAUUCCUUUGAUUCUAUACAUACAUUCGUUCAAUUAUUUCUUUCUCUUUCCGAUCCACAACACUUUGAGAUACCCAUAUAAAUACAUCUCGCUCACCACACAAUAUACCCAAUUACCUCAAUCACCACAUCCAAAAAUAAGUAAUAAAUCAAAAUGAGCGAAGGUCAAGAAUGGUCCUCCGGUUUCUGGGACUGCUGCUCCCCCUGCGGCACCUGCUUCCUCGGCUGCUGCUGUCCCUGCUGCCUGCACGGCCGCACCAGCUCUCGUCUCGAAGACCCCACCCUGAAAGAUGAUAGCAUGAUGAACGGUGGUUGCUGCCUCUACUUCCUCCUCGGCUACUGCGGCUUCCACUUCAUCCCACUGAUGAUGAAGCGUGGCCAAAUCCGAGAGAAAUUCGGCCUAGAAGGGUCCGGAUGCGGGGAUUGUAUGCGGGCGUGUUGCUGCCCGUGCUGCACGCUCAUGCAGCAUGAGAAGGAGUUGGAGAGUCGGGCGGCGUUGUUGGAGGGCGGUGCUGGUGCGCAGCAGGGGUAUAAGGCUCCUGGGGGCAUGCAGUAUGCUUAAAUCUCAACUUAGGAAUAAUUUUUGGGUGAUUUUGUGUUUGUGUCGUCGAAGGCAUUGGGAUUUUGGAUCAUAGUUUUUUUUGUUCCGUGAUCGGUGUUUGUUGGUGUUUCGCUGUUUGAUUAUAUUU